UUCCUGAAGCUGCUCUUAGGUUACCUUCCUCCCCAAAAAGAUCUUUGGCCUGAAACUCUUAAGAGACAGAGGUCCACUUACAAACAGUUUGUUGAAGAGAUUAUCAUUGAACAAUGCAAAGGAACGAAGUCUGGAAAGGAUUCCAAGGAGUUUGAUGUUGAUCAUCCUUUGAACCCAAAUCCCGACAGCCAGUGGCUGGCAUUUUUUAAAGACAACGAGGUGCUGUUACAAAUUGACAAGGAUUGCAGGAGGUUGUGUCCUGAUAUUUCUUUUUUUCAAAUUGCAACUAAAUAUCCAAACAAGAAAGUCACAACUGGAGAUGACAGAGAUUUUGAAACCUUAAGAGAGCGAGUGUUACGGACUCACUUGGAGGCAUCUCAUGUUAACACCAACAGAAGUGGACUAAAAAAUUUAUCAGCACCCAGGAAAAUUGCUCCAGAGGAGUAUUUUGUUUUAGGAGAUGGUCAAGAGGCUCACUGGGAGGUUGUUGAGAGAAUAUUGUACAUUUACGCAAAACUUAAUCCUGGGAUAGGCUAUGUUCAGGGUAUGAAUGAAAUAAUUGGUCCACUGUACUAUGUGUUUUGUUCUGAUCCAAACCCUGAAUGGCAAGAAAAUGUUGAAGCAGAUGCUUUCUUCUGUUUUACGAAUCUUAUGUCCGAGAUACGAGAUAACUUCAUCAAGACUCUAGACGAUUCAGCUUGUGGUAUAGGAAACAUGAUGAAAAGGGUCAGAAACCUGUUAAAAGAUAGAGACCUUAUGUUGUUCACAUACCUGGAAGAGCAACAAAUGAGGCCACAGUUCUACAGUUUCAGAUGGCUAACACUGCUAUUAUCUCAGGAAUUUGCCUUACCAGAUGUUAUCAGGGUCUGGGAUUCGCUGUUUGCUGAUGAGAAGCGUUUUGAUUUCCUCAUUUAUGUUUGCUGUGCUAUGCACAUGUAAGUAAGUUGUUUCAAUUUAUUAUGUAUGUUCUGAAGAUUUUUGCAACAGCCUCAAAAUUGCUUGUAAAUGAUUAUCAACUUCAACAUUUAUUUAUUUAUUUACUCAUUAUUAUUAUUAUUAUUAUUAUUAUUAUUAUUAUUUUAAGUCCUUAAAGUCUUGCCGCUUUUAACUUAUGGUGCCGAGUUCAAUCCAUGAGCCUAGGGCAGUCAUAAGUCUGCUGGAUUACUUGAUGGAUAGAGUCCUCCUAAAUAUGUGAGCAGUUCCAAGCAGGACGGUCUUCUGUAGCUCUGUUAUUCUAGGGUGUUUUCUUUGAACAU